AUGUCACCGUCCUCGACGGGCGACUCCCCUCUUUCUGUUGGAGGCGCGAGCACCUCAGGCAGGGCAUUCCCGCUUCCUUCCAGAGAGAACUUCUCCAUUGAAGUGUCGUCUCCGCAGCUCAGUUCGAUUCCCAAUGGUUCCGCAAUAAAGUCUCCCAUCUCUCUUAAAGCACCGAGGACCAGUUUCAGCCGCGACGGUAUACUGGGAUCAGCACAGAAGACGCGCAACUUGUCACAGUCGUCCGAAGCCCGUCCUGAUCAGGUAAUCAACGGUCUGCAGAAGAUGUCGAGCGACGAGAGCUCAAAUCCGCUCAAGAGACGCAACACGGACGCAACGGUCGACUAUCCCCGGAGAAGGGCUACGAUAGCUUGUGAAGUAUGUCGGUCUCGCAAAUCUCGCUGCGACGGCACCAAACCAAAGUGUAAGCUCUGCACGGAACUCGGAGCGGAAUGCAUCUACCGAGAGCCUGGGAUCAAGCUUGACGCCGGCGACAAGCUCAUCCUCGAAAGACUUAACCGCAUAGAAAGCCUUCUUCAGAUGGGUUUAAGCGGCAAUCAUCCAAACGGGAUGCAACUAUCGGGCGACUCGCCGCCCAUGAGCAACGGAACCGCCCUCAGCGGUGAGAAUCUGAUGGGCCAAGCUGGGGUUCACGGUGCAAGCAGCUUCCUCUCCAUCAUCCCCAGCGCCGGUCUGGGCACAUGGACGAGCCCAACCAACAUAUCGACCAUGCCCAAGGUCCAUACGAAUGCGGCACUGCAUCUACUACAGUGGCCUCUGAUCCGCGAUCUCGUUCAACGGCCGUACGACCCUCAAAUCCUCCUCCAACUCGAAAUGGCUCGGGAACCGUUGCCUUCCCUCGCCAAAACCCCGUGCGUCGAUUUGUCCAACACGAACGCCUACAUCGAGGCCUACUUUGACCGAGUCAACAUCUGGUAUGCCUGUGUUAAUCCUUACACUUGGCGGAGCCACUACCGGACUGCCCUCACCAACGGCUUCCGCGAGGGUCCGGAGAGCUGCAUCGUUUUGCUAGUCCUUGCGCUUGGGCAGGCGAGUCUGCGUGGAAGCAUAUCUCGCAUUGUGCCGCAUGAGGAUCCUCCAGGUCUACAGUAUUUCACAGCUGCCUGGUCUCUGUUACCCGGCAUGAUGACUUCCAACAGUGUUCUUGCCGCACAGUGCCACCUUCUGGCCGCCGCAUAUCUCUUCUAUCUCGUGCGCCCUCUCGAAGCCUGGAACUUGCUCUUCACAACAAGUAGUAAGCUGCAACUUCUCCUCAUGACCCCGACGCGGAUACCUGAGGACCAGAGGGAGUUGUCUGAGAGAAUAUAUUGGAACGCGCUGCUUUUCGAAAGUGAUCUACUGGCCGAGUUGGAUCUGCCGCAUUCUGGCGUCGUACAAUUGGAAGAGAACGUUGGGCUUCCGGGAGGCUUCCAGGGCGAAGAGUCGGAAGCCGUCGGCCGAGACGACCUGUGGUAUUUUCUAGCCGAAAUCGCACUCCGGAGGUUGCUCAAUCGCGUCAGCCAGCUUAUUUACUCCAAAGAUUCCAUGGCCUCCACAACCAGCCUGGAACCAGUCGUAGCUGAGCUUGACUUCCAGUUGACUCAGUGGUAUGAAAGUCUACCAUCAGCAUUACAAUUUCCUUUUACUCGCGCGCCCCUACCAGAUCCGAUUCAGACGGUGCUGCGAUUGCGCUUCUUUGCCUGCCGAACGAUUAUAUACCGCCCGUACAUCUUAGCUGUACUUGACAAUGAACAAGCCGCCCUAGAUCCUUCAGUACGGGAAAGCUGUCACAAGUGUCUCGAGGCCUCCAUCAGGCAGCUGGAGCAUAUACCCGCACAUCACAUGGGCCACAUCCCCUACCUAUGGCAAGGCGCAUUAUCCAUCGUCUCACAAACACUCCUCAUUAUGGGCGCAACCAUGUCACCAUCCCUUUCCAACAUUCUUCUCACCCUCGUGCCUCAUCGUGAGGCUAUCGAUCAGAUUAUCAACGACGUGAUUAUGGACAUCGAGAGAAUGGCAGUACUGGCCCCUAGUCUAAGCUUGGCGGCUGAGAUCAUCAAGGAAGCUGAAGUCAGACGCCGCACCUUCCUCAGUGGCUGA